GAUUGGGGGAAUGCAGGAAAAACCCCCGCCUUCUCCACAGAGCCUCAGCAGUGACAGCUACUUCCCGGAUGGGAAGGGCGGCCGUGAAGCCAGCACGGAAGCCAGCCCCACAGCCAAGGGCCCUCCAGCCUCCUCACAGCUCCCCACAGCCUGGACCUGCCGGCCCUCCCUCCAGGACGGAGGGGCUCCCAAGGGAAAUUUAGGUGUGUGCUGGUCCCAAUGUCAGUGAAACCCAGCUGGGGGCCCGGCCCCUCGGAGGGGGUCACCGCAGUGCCCGCCAGUGACCUUGGAGAUAUCCACAACUGGACCGAGCUGCUCGACCUCUUCAACCACACUUUGUCUGAGUGCCACGUGGAGCUCAGUGACAGCACCAAGCGCGUGAUCCUCUUUGCCCUCUACCUGGCCAUGUUUGUGGUUGGGCUGGUGGAGAACCUCCUGGUGAUAUGCGUCAACUGGCGUGGCUCAGGCCGGGCGGGGCUGCUGAACCUCUACAUCCUCAACAUGGCCAUCGCGGACCUGGGCAUUGUCCUGUCUCUGCCCGUGUGGAUGCUGGAGGUCACGCUGGACUACACCUGGCUCUGGGGCAGCUUCUCCUGCCGCUUCACUCACUACUUCUACUUUGUCAACAUGUACAGCAGCAUCUUCUUCCUGGUGUGCCUCAGCGUUGACCGCUAUGUCACCCUCACCAGUGCCUCCCCCUCCUGGCAGCGUUACCAGCACCGAGUGCGGCGGGCCCUGUGUGCAGGCAUCUGGGUCCUCUCGGCCAUCAUCCCGCUGCCUGAGGUGGUCCACAUCCAGCUGGUGGAGGGCCCUGAGCCCAUGUGCCUCUUCAUGGCACCUUUUGAAACGUACAGUACCUGGGCCCUGGCAGUGGCCCUGUCCACCACCAUCCUGGGCUUCCUGCUGCCCUUCCCUCUUAUCGCAGUCUUCAACGUGCUGACGGCCUGCCGGCUGCGGCAGCCAGAACAACCCAAGAGCCGGCGCCACUGCCUGCUGAUGUGUGCCUAUGUGGCCGUCUUUGUUAUUUGCUGGUUGCCCUAUCAUGUGACCCUGCUGCUGCUCACACUGCAUGGGACCCACAUUUCCCUCCACUGCCACCUGGUCCACCUGCUCUACUUCUUCUAUGAUGUCAUCGACUGCUUCUCCAUGCUGCACUGUGUCAUCAACCCCAUCCUUUACAACUUUCUCAGCCCACACUUCCGGGGCCGGCUCCUGAACGCUGUAGUCCAUUACCUUCCUAAGGACCAGACCAGGGCAGGCGCACACUCCUCCUCUUCCUCCUGUUCCACCCAGCAUUCCAUCAUCAUCACCAAGGGGGACAGCCAGCCCGCUGCAGUAGCCCCCGACCCCGAGCCAAGCCUGAGCUUUCAGGCAUCCCCUUUGCUUCCAAACACUUCCCCCUUCUCUCCCCCUCAGCCUCUUACAUCCAGCUGAGGUAAUGGCCAGACUCCUUCAACAGUGAAGGAAAAGGCACAGGUCACCUCAGAGGCCACUCUCCCAAGGUUAGUUAUCACCCUGGCAGUAUGAAUACUUCCCUAAGGACUCCCAUCCAUGGAGGGGAAGAGCGGGAACCAGCUGUUACACUCAGCAUCUACUGAGCACUGAUGGGAGCCCCACCUGGGCCAUGUGCUCUGGGGCCAAAUGGACAUCAGUUCCUAACUUCUUGAGGUCUGUCUCCUCUGUGGAAACACCCGUGUAUCAAUCUCAUUAAACUAUGCCAAACUUUU